GCGUAUUUAUUCACUCUCAUUGCACGCGAACGUUGUUUGAAUAGUAAGGAAGAUCACAGGCACUGAAAAACCGUAACAAAAAACGCGCAUCAAAAUUGACCUAUUAAGAAACACAGUAUUGUAUAGUACCACUCAGAGUCACCGUGCAGCCACCUCAGAGCUACAGCGUCGGAGGACAACGCAGCUCUGGGCAGCUGACAAGCAAGCCCGCAGGUGCCCGGCCAGACGUGAAUCCAGGAAACAGGUAUGGCAGAGGCUCACCAGGCCGUAGCGUUUCAGUUCACAGUAACACCAGACGGCAUCGACCUUCGGCUCAGCCAUGAAGCGCUUCGACAGAUCUACCUCUCCGGGCUGCACUCCUGGAAGAAGAAGUUCAUCAGAUUCAAGAAUGGGGUCAUGACCGGUGUGUUUCCUGGAAGCCCUACAAGCUUGCUGGUAGUUGUGGUGGGGUUCAUGUCCACAACAGCAUACACAAAAACAGAUCCUUCAUUCGGGUUGAUAGCCAGAAUCGGGGCACACCUCCCUAUAAGUAGGUACCUGUCUGAUGAGAGCCAGAAGAUUGUGGGAGGAGUGCUCAUCGGCACCGGCCUGUGGGUGGCUGGUAUCUACAUCAUGCGCAGCUCCCUGAAGAUGCUGCUCUCCUGGCAUGGCUGGAUGUUCAGUGCACACGGCAAAGUGCCCAAGAGAACCCGAAUCUGGAUGGCAUUGGUGAAGCUUUUCUCUGGACCCAAGCCAAUGUUGUACAGCUUCCAGACGUCACUCCCACGCCUUCCUGUACCUGCAGUCGCAGACACUAUGAAACGAUACCUGGAGUCAGCCCGCCCGCUAAUGGACGAUGAGCAGUACAAUAGAAUGGAGGCUCUUGCUAAAGACUUUGAAGUGAACCUGGGACCCCGCCUGCAGUGGUAUCUGAAACUGAAGUCUUGGUGGGCAACAAAUUAUGUUAGCGAUUGGUGGGAAGAAUAUAUCUAUCUCAGAGGACGCGGACCAAUCAUGGUCAACAGUAAUUAUUAUGCAAUGGACUACCUGUACGUCUAUCCAACAAAGAUUCAGUCAGCCAGAGCUGGAAACACAAUCCACGCCAUCCUGCUGUAUAGAAGAAAGCUGGACAGAGAGCAAAUCAAACCAAUUUUCGUCAUGGGAUCCACGGUACCCAUCUGCUCAUCCCAGUGGGAGCGUAUGUUUAAUACUUCCCGCCUCCCGGGCCAAGAGACAGACACGAUUCAGCACGUGAGGGACAGCAAGCACAUCGUGGUGUUUCACAAGGGGCGCUUCUUCAAGGUGUGGAUGUACCACGACGGACGGCUGCUGAAACCCAGAGAGAUCGAGCAGCAGAUGCAGAAGAUUCUGGACGAUAAAUCGGAGCCUCAGCCUGGAGAACAGAAUCUUGCAGCACUCACUGCAGGAGACAGAGUUCCUUGGGCCAAUGCCCGUCAGAACUACUUCAGCAAAGGGAAGAACAAGCAGAGUUUGGAUGCAGUUGAGAAGGCAGCCUUCUUUGUGACCCUUGAUGAUACUGAGCAAGGCUUUAACAAGGAAGAUCCUGUGAGAUCACUGGAUAGCUAUGCCAAGUCUUUGCUUCAUGGAAAAUGCUACGACAGGUGGUUUGACAAGUCUUUCUCCUUUAUUGUAUACAAGAAUGGAACCAUGGGCUUGAAUGCAGAGCACUCCUGGGCAGAUGCUCCUAUUAUUGGUCACCUUUGGGAGCAUGUGUUGUCUACAGACAGUUUCCAGCUGGGAUAUGAAGAGGACGGGCAUUGCAAAGGCAGCACUAACCCCAAUGUGCCUGGACCCCAAAAACUACAGUGGGAGAUUCCAGAAGAAUGCCAAAGUGUUAUCCAGAGCUCUCUGAAGGUUGCCCAGGCACUGGCUGACGAUGUUGACUCCCACACUUUCCCAUUCAACAAAUUUGGAAAAGGUCUGAUCAAGAAGUGCAGGACGAGCCCCGACGCCUUCAUUCAGAUCGCCUUGCAGCUGGCUCACUUCCGGGACAAGGGCAAGUUCUGCCUGACAUACGAAGCCUCGAUGACUCGACUCUUCAGAGAGGGUCGAACGGAGACUGUGCGCUCCUGCACUGUGGAAUCAUGCAACUUUGUACACGCCAUGAUGGAUUCCCAAAAAACAAAUGAAGAGAAAAUGAAGCUGUUCGAUCUUGCGGCUGAAAAACACCAGAAUUUGUACCGUCUGGCGAUGACUGGGGACGGCAUUGAUCGGCACCUCUUCUGUCUCUACGUAGUGUCCAAAUAUCUCGGGGUCGAUUCUCCCUUCCUGAAAGAGGUUCUUUCGGAGCCAUGGAGGCUCUCCACCAGCCAGACUCCUCAGCAGCAAUUGGAACUGUUUGACUUGGCCAAUAACCCUCACCAUGUGUCCAGCGGGGGGGGCUUCGGACCUGUCGCCGAUGAUGGUUAUGGUGUCUCUUACAUCAUCGUUGGAGAAAAUCUCAUCAAUUUCCACAUCUCCAGCAAGCUGUCAAGCCCAGAGACGGACUCUCACCGAUUCGGAGAAAACAUUAUCCAGUCCAUGCUUGACAUCCUCGCUCUUUUCAACCUCAACAAAAAGGCAGGCAAAUAAUUGUUCUGCCCCAGAUGAAAAGAAAAGAAAAACUGUUGGAUUGCUGUUUCAAAAUCGGCUUCCGUACGCUUGUACAGAAAUGUUUGGGCGUUUUUAAUCUUAAAAAAAUGAAACUGAAAAAAAAAAACAGUUAAUGUAUAUCAUGUUUAAUGAAGACGUGUGUUUAAAAAUGUAUUGGAAAAUAGUGUUGUAGCACAGAUUAAAUGGACCUACUCUGCAAGAUUAUAUGUGCUGGUGCCAUAAUUAAUAUAUCUUGUGACUAAAAGCAAAAAAGGUUAAGAAAAGGAGACUAGAAAAGGUUGUCUUUAAAUAACCUACGAAAACAAGGCAUCAGCAAGUGCAGGAAUGAGGUGUUAAUAUUGCAGUCUUACACAGUGCAGUGUACAGUAACUGUUAUUAGCUGCUAAAUUAUUUAAUGAAGUCAAGAAAAAACAAAAUAGUUCAAAAGCUGUUUUUAUUUUUCAUACUUCAGGUUUUUACCUUGGUCCAGAUGUAACGACACUAGCUAGCUUGUAUGAAUGCAAAAAAUAAGCCCCUCCCUCAGAAAGGGGUCUUGCUGUAAAUAAACGAGGAACACGCACUGAUCCACACCCCCUGCAUGGGAAUGUGAAGAGGCUGAGGGUUCUCCUUUCAGUUACUGUGGAAGGAAGUUUCAUAAGAAAGUUGUAUGGUAAAAUGAAGUGUACUCUUCACAAGGAUUCAAUGUAACAUUAUAAUACUCGCAGGUGAAAGUUUUAGGGGCGGCAGUGUAAUAUUGUACAGUACUGUGUGUACUUCAAUCAUGAAAACAAGAAAGACUUGAACUACAUGCGAGUCCAGCCUUUUCCUUUCACUUCUUGAUUUGUAAGUUGCAUUGUAUGCAGUGGCAUUUUCACAAAUAUGUAAAACAGAAGGAAUACCUCAAAAUGAUCAGAUUGUCCAAUAAAAGUUAGGUUGACAGCUA